CCAUAGCCAUGGCGGCGUCUCUUUCACAUCUCUCUACUUUCUUUUCUCCGACCACCACCACCACCACCUCCUCCUCCACCAACCCAAUCCGCGCUCUAUUCUAUUUCAAACCCUCAAAAUCCCAAUCACAWAACUCSUUCUCAAUCCUYUGCUSCCGCCGCCCGGACUACAUCCCUAACCACAUUUCYGACCCUAARUAUGUUCGWAUCUUUGAUACCACUCUYCGAGACGGRGAACAGUCUCCAGGWGCCACCAUGACCACSAAGGAAAAGCUCGAUAUUGCCCGUCAACUUGCGAAACUGGGUGUGGACAUUAUUGAAGCAGGUUUCCCUGCUUCCUCCGAAGCUGACCUACAGGCCGUUAAGUUGAUUGCUCAGGAGGUCGGAAAUGUGGCCGCCGAAGAGGGUGGUCAUGUGCCCGUCAUUUGCGGCUUGGCGAGAUGCAAUAAGAAUGACAUUGAUAAGUCAUGGGAGGCCGUGAAGCAUGCCAAAUUCCCCAGGAUUCAUACUUUUAUAGCCACCAGUGAGAUUCAUAUGCAGUAUAAGCUCAAGAUGUCCAAAGAACAAGUGAUUGAAAAAGCUAGGAGUAUGGUCGCAUAUGCCAGAAGUUUGGGCUGUAAUGACGUUGAGUUUAGCCCUGAAGAUGCUGGGAGAUCAGAGAGAGAAUUUUUGUAUGAGAUCUUGGGUGAGGUUAUUAAAGCAGGUGCAACAACUCUUAACAUUCCUGAUACUGUUGGCUAUAACUGGCCUCGCGAGUUCGGGCAGCUCAUUGCUGAUAUAAAAGCCAACACCCCUGGCAUUGAAAACGUCAUUAUUUCUACCCACUGCCAGAAUGAUCUUGGACUUUCUACUGCCAAUACUUUAGAGGGGGCUUAUUCAGGUGCAAGACAAUUAGAAGUAACAAUAAACGGAAUUGGAGAGAGAGCUGGUAAUGCUUCUUUGGAAGAGGUGGUAAUGACUAUAAAAUGCAAAGGAGAUGUAUUGGGUGGUCUUCACACUGGCAUCAAUACAAGACACAUUGUCAUGGCUAGCAAGAUGGUGGAAGAGUACAGUGGACUGCAGGUACAGCCACACAAGGCUAUUGUUGGUGCAAAUGCUUUUGCUCAUGAAAGUGGAAUCCAUCAGGACGGAAUGCUAAAGAACAAAAGCACAUAUGAAAUCAUGUCUCCUGAAGAUAUUGGACUUCACCGAUCUAAUGAAUCUGGACUUACACUUGGAAAACUUAGUGGACGACAUGCUCUGAAAUCUAAACUUUUUGAGCUUGGUUACGACAUAGAUGGAAAGGAACUUAAUGAUCUCUUUUGGCGCUUCAAAUCCGUUGCUGAACUGAAAAAGGUUAUCACGGAUGAUGAUUUAGUAGCCUUGGUUUCAGACGAAGUUUUUCAGCCACAAGUUUUCUGGAAGUUUGGGGAUGUUCAGGUUACAUGUGGGACUCUUGGUCUUUCUACAGCAACAGUUAAACUAUUAGAUAAAGAUGGAAUAGAACACAUUGCUUGCUCCACUGGAACUGGACCAGUUGAUGCCGCUUAUAAGGCGGUGGAUCUCAUUGUUAAGGCACCUGUAAAACUGCUAGAGUAUUCAAUGUCUGCUGUAACCGCGGGCAUUGACGCUAUAGCCAGCACCCGUGUUCUAGUUAGCGGAGAAAACAACCUCGUAGCAACUCAUGCUUUUAGUGGAGAAAAAGUUGUGCGGACUUAUAGUGGAACAGGAGCAUCCAUGGAUAUUGUUAUCUCCAGUGUCAGAGCUUAUCUUGGUGCCCUAAACAAGAUGUUAGGGUUGAAGAAGCAGUCAAAAAGUUAAAACAAUUUGGUUUGGAAAUUAGCAUUUGCAAUUGCAUUGAUGGUUAUGGUUUAAUAAAUUUGAGAAAUUUUCAUUUUGUAUAUUUCCAUGUUUAUCUUUAUGUCCUCUACCCGAAUAUGUGCGUCUCUGUACAUUUUAUUCUCCUGACCUUAUUUUCGAGUAAAUCAUAUUAAAUAAUUUUUUGGUUU